AUUUAUACACGUUUAGAUGUUACCCUAAAAGAGGCCUUAAUAUGAAUUAUUAGGGGUGUAGAAUCCUGAGAAAGAUCAAUUCAUAAAUUUUAUAUAAUUUGACCAUUUAGAUAUCAAGGGGAUAAUAUUUUUGAUAAGUCCUUUGGGGACAUGCAUUUUAUUAUAAGUAAUGAUUAGAAAAAUAUGAGUUAGAUAUUAGGUUUUUCAUACUUAAUUCAAUUCAUAAGCACAGUUUUGCAUAUAUCUAUAAUAACUAUAAUCUUUGCGACAUGUAUAUUGGAUUAAAUUUUGAGACAUGAUGAUGUAAGAUAUGAAUAUAAAUAAAAAGGGCAGUUAAGAAAUGAAAAAGAUAGCAUUAUCAAUAGAAGAAGGAGCAGAAGGUUUUUUUAAGGCAUAAUAUGGUACAAUAGUGAAUUUGAGUCUAAUAUUUGCAUUGUUAAUAUUUUUGGUUUAUUGGCAGAAAGGAACGGGGGAAUUGGAGAGAGAUGAGAUUCCAGUUGGUGGAUUAGUAAUAGGAUUAUUAGAAGGAGGAUCCUUUUUAUUUGGGGCAUUUUGUUCUGGAUUUGCAGGAUUUGCAGGAAUGUGGGUGAGUAUUAAAGCUAAUUCUAGAGUUGCAAGCGCAGCUAGAACUUGUUAUAAUAAAGCAAUGUAAUUAUCAUUUAGGGGUGGUUAUUUUGCUGCAGUUAUUAAUAUAGCUUUAGCAAUAUUUGGAAUAAGUAUAUUAUUCUUAAUAAUAUACUUUUAUUGUUAUAUGACUAUAAAUGAUUAAUAAAAAUUAAAUGAAUAAAUAGAUAAAAUACCAUUAUUAUUAAUUGGAUAUGGAUUUGGUGCAUCAUUUGUAGCUAUGUUUGCAUAAUUAGGAGGUGGAAUUUAUACAAAAGCUGCAGAUGUAGGAGCUGAUCUAAUUGGAAAAAUAGAAAAUGAUAUACCUGAAGAUGAUCCUAGAAAUCCUGCUGUUAUAGCUGAUCUUGUAGGUGAUAAUGUUGGAGAUUGUGCUGGUUAAAGUGCUGAUUUAUUUGAAUCUAUAACUGCUGAAAUUCUAAGUGCUAUGAUUCUAGGAGCAACAUUAACACAUGAAGCUAAUCUACAUAUUAAUUAUAAAGUCACUUUUAUGCUUUUCCCUUUAGUUGUUCAUUGUUUAGACAUUAUUUCAUCUACCAUUGGAAUGUAUUUUGUACGCACUUAACCAGGAAUUCCAACUAAAUUUAUUGAAGACCCAUUAUCUAUUAUGAAAAAAGGAUAUAGAAUAGCAAUGAUUAUAGGAUUCUUUGGAUUCUUUUUCAUUUGUCAUCAUUGUUUAAAUCCUGUUUAAUAUAAAGAUGCUUGGUUAUACUUUGGAAUGUGUGGACUUAUUGGAAUUAUUGUCUCUUAUUUGUUUAUUGAAGUAACCUAAUAUUAUACUGAUUAUCAUUAUGAACCUGUUAAAAGAAUAGCAUAAGCAAGUAAAACUGGUCAUGCCACUAAUAUUAUUGCUGGAUUAAGUGUUGGAAUGGAAUCUACUGGAAUUCCUAUACUUAUCAUUAGUGUUGGGGUCUUAGGAGCAUACUAUCUAGGAGAAUAAAGUGGUAUCAAAAACCAUUAAGGAGAUUUAAUUGGAGGAUUGUUUGGAACUGCUAUUGCCACUAUGGGUAUGUUUUGUACUGGAGUCUAUAUACUCUCUAUGGCAGCCUUUGGUCCUAUUGCAGAUAAUGCUGGUGGAAUUGUUGAAAUGAGUGGUUGUGAUGAAUAAGUUAGAUAAAUUACUGAUAGACUUGAUGCAGUAGGAAAUGUUACUAAAGCUAAUGCAAAAGGAUACUCUGUUGGCUCGGCUUCUUUAGCUUCAUUCUUGCUGUUCAGAGCAUUUAUUGAUGAAGUCAAUUUCUUAUCUCCUACUAAAAAAAUUCAUGAUAUUGAUAUUACUUAACCUGAAAUAUUUAUUUCUGGCUUAAUAGGAGCAUGUACAGUCUUUGUAUUCAGCAGUUGGGCUAUGAGAGCUGUUGGCAAUGCUGCAUAAGAUGUUAUUAAAGAAGUACGUAGAUAAUUUAGAGAAAAUGAAGGCAUAUUAUAAGGUACAACAUAACCAAAUUAUAAAUAAUGUGUUGAGAUAGUUACUAAAGCUGGAUUAAGAGAAAUGAUAAAACCAGGUUUAUUAAGUGUAUUAACUCCAUUAAUAUUGGGAAUAACAUUACGAGCUAUAAAUGUAGUAAGAAUGGAAGAAUUAUUGCCUGCAAAAGCAAUUUGUGCUUUUCUGAUGUUUUCAACAUGUACAGGGAUAUUGCAAGCAUUAUUCUUAAAUAAUGCAGGAGGUGCAUGGGAUAAUAGUAAAAAGUAUAUAGAAACUGGAGAACUAGGUGGGAAAGGAAGCGAUACUCAUAAAGCUGCUGUAACUGGAGUAAAAAAUAAUUAUUUUAUCAUUUAGGAUACUGUAGGAGAUCCAUGCAAGGACACAGCAGGGCCAUCGAUUCAUAUUUUAAUUAAAUUAUAUUCUACGAUAACGAUAGUAAUGGUUCCUUUAUUUGUGGAUUGA